UGUAAGCAUUGUAACAAGGUAUAUGCAUCACUAGGAGCGCUUAAAAUGCAUAUUAGAACUCACACUUUGCCAUGCAAAUGUAAAAUUUGCGGUAAAGCGUUCAGUCGGCCAUGGCUGCUGCAAGGACAUAUCAGAACACAUACUGGAGAAAAACCAUUUGGAUGCGAAAAAUGUAAUAGGUCAUUCGCUGAUCGUUCUAAUUUACGAGCACAUAUGCAAACCCAUGCAGAAAUCAAGAAGUAUAGUUGUUAUAAAUGCCGUCGGACAUUUUCUCGAUGGUCUUCGCUUAAAAAGCAUGAGAAUUCGUCA